AUGUCAAAUUUUUAUAAAAAAUGGAAACUUCAAGAUGCUUUCCAGAUACGCAACAACCUUCAACCAACAAAUUUUCACUCUACCAAAUCUGCAAAGAAAAGGUUAGAUAGAAUCUAUAUUGACUCCAGGAUUCGAAGAAAGCUACUAAACUGCCGACUUCUAGAAGAGUUUAAACAAAUCUCGACACAUAGAAUUAUUGCUAUGUCUUUACAAAUUCAAAAAGAACCUAUCCUAAAGGUUGGUAACCCACGUUACCUGAUACCUCAAUGGAUGAGUCAAGAUGAAAAUAUAAUUAAAGAUYUAAAUAACAAUGAACAAAGUAGUCUCACUCCUUUUUCUAAUUGGAAUGGAAUUAUUAACCGGAUAAAAGAAAAGGUGAUAUUUUAUGAAAAAUACCAACGAUAUAUCAGAGCAUACAUUCCACAUGCCGGAAAUUUUCCUGAUGAAAAGAUGCUUAAAUUCAGAUUUAGGCCCUCGUUUAACUUUUCCAUUAUUACAGAAAUGCAGACUGAAUCUGGUAAUACAGUKCAAGACACAGAAAUAAUGAUAAAUUUAGCGACAAAAUUCUAYCAAGAUUUGUUCCUGGUAGAAGAUCGACAUUUGGAAUCAUUUACCUUUGUGGACCAGUUUGACAAAAAGAUAGAUGAAACUGACAAAGUUUUGUUGGAAAAAGCUUUCAUUGAAGAMAAUGUAUAUGACCAUUYACUAAUGAUCAAUAAGAAAAMUGCAGUGGGAACUGAUGGCAUUUCUUACCAAAAUCUCAUUGAAUUAUGGCCCAGUUUARGUGAAAGCCUCAUMAGAGCAGGAAAUAAUAUUUUGAAAUAUGGAACWUUGCCACAACAAAUGAGUGAAGUGAUUAUUACAUUAAUACCCAAGAAACUGAAGACACCUAUAAUUGAAAACUUUCGACCUAUCAGUGUWAUCAGCUGUGCCGUACGAUUGUUAUCAUCAGUAAUAGAAAAACAACUAAAYCCAGUCUUGGCAAAGGUUAUUGAGAAWACUCAAACAGGCUUCCUUAAAAAAAGAUCCAUUAGUAAUAGCAUAUACCUUCUCGAUAUGGUUCUUACAAGAUAUCAAACUUCUAAAACUGCAGAAGCAGAAUCAGCAGGGCUUGUUAAUCUUGACUUCAGAAAAGCUUUUGAUUCAGUACAUCAUGAUUUUGUAUUGCUAGUUUUACGCCAAGUAGGAUUAGAGCCUAAGGCGACGAACUUCUUUGAUGGCAACAACCACAAAACAAAAAGCAAAAGUAAAUACUAA